UUCAAUCUUAUCUGAACCGUCGGUUCUUACCGGCAUACCCUGUUUACAACCUUGAUCUUCUAGGUUACAGGAACUUGUCAUCAUGUCUUCAACAACGCGUCCAAUCGUUUUCAUGGAUAUCAAUAUUGGAGAGACACCAGCGGGUAGAAUAAAAAUGGAACUCUUCAGUGACGUUGUCCCAAAAACUGCUGAAAACUUUAGGCAGCUGUGCACCGGCGAAUGCAGACGUGAUGCGCGACCACAGGGUUACAAGAAUGCGACUUUCCACAGAGUCGUACCAAAUUUUAUGUGCCAAGGUGGGGACUUUUUGAACGGUGAUGGAACAGGAUCGUUCUCGAUAUACGGCAAAAAUUUCCCUGAUGAGAACUUCCAAGAGAAGCAUACUGGACCUGGCUUACUUUCUAUGGCAAAUUCAGGCCCAAAUACAAACGGAUGCCAGUUUUUCAUCACUACUGCAAAAUGCGAUUUCUUGGACGGAAAGCACGUGGUUUUUGGCAAGGUCAUCGAUGGCAUGUUGACGCUUCGAAAAAUUGAGAAUGUCCCUACGGGACAGAACAACAGACCAAAGCUAGUCGUGAAGAUCGUUGGUAUGCAGUCGAUUUAACGGCUUCGAAAAGUGUCUCACACGUGUAUCGCAGAGUGUGGGGAAAUGUAACUGCCUGUUCACAAAGCAUCAAUAGGAGAAUGAACGUCCGCGUCAUUGAUCACCUAUCCGAGUCGAGAGGUUUUGGAGUUGGUUGGGCUCAUACAUCAAGGACUCGUCGGAUAGGCGGACGUAAACUUAGCAUAGAUGACAUUCAUUACAUGUACUCUUCAUAAUUUAUUCUUUUACC